AUGGUGGAUACCAAGGUUACACCUAGCAGGGACUCUUUCGAAAUCGAUGAUGGUCUCGAAGGCGUUGAUGACUUCGUGAACGAAUCGAAUCCCUUUGAAAAUCCAUUUCACGAUACGAUAGCAAAUGAUGAACCACCACCGGCGUAUCAGGAACCUCUGCAACCAUCUGCUAGAAUAAGCGAUGCAUCAACCAGUGGGGACGCCGGAACAGUGCCAUCUCCAACUCCAGCGGCGGGCACCGAACCACAAUUGGGACCGGGACUGCUGAACUAUUAUUCGCGUUAUUUCCAAUUGAGCACCCAAGACUUUAAAACUAAUCUUCACGAAAGUGUGGCAUUCAAACUCAAAAAGGAAAAUGAUGAUGAGGAAUCGUCACCAUCAACCAUUUCGAGAGAACCCACCGACUUAUAUGGAGCUAUAUGGAUCACUGCGACGGUGAUAAUGAGUAAAUUUUUGAUACUUGGCCUUUUAUAUCUAUUGAGGCAGGGUAUCAUCAAUGGCGUGGAGAUACCGGAAAGACAAAUGGAAUCAUUGUAUCUGUCUCUGGUUCACGGAAUCUGGAUUUUCUACUCAUACAUCUUUGUCAUUGGUGGUGCAAGUUAUAAAUUAUUGAAUAAGGUCGAUGAUCAGAUUACACUUGCUGAAACGAUAUCUACAUUUGGCUAUUCGUUAACCAUAUGGAUACCUAUUUCGAUAAUAAUCGAAGUGGUUGAGCUUUUCCAGCACGAUAUAAUAAGAAUAAUACCAUUACUGCUAAAAGUGUUUUUCGUAGCUUGUGCGUUUGCGAAGAGUUCAAUCUACCUCUAUUCCAAGUUGUCAAGACCAAACGGAUCGAAAUACGUGAAUGCCAUAAUUGUCGCAAACGGUGUAUUUUGUUUGCUGGUCAAAAUAUUUUAUUUUUAG